AUGAAUGCGCGCAACAAUAAGGAUUAUGUCAAUUACCUUACCUACAUCUUCAGCACGCCGCAGCUUGGCCAGACUCUGAAUCUCGCUGCACCCAGUCUUUUCCUCAUUCGCUAUGCUGCUGCUGUCAACCUCAAGAACCACAUCAAACUGUUCUAUAGCCAAAUCCCCAAGGAUCAAUUGGCAUACAUAAAGGGGGCCACCCUUAACGUUCUCCGCGACCAGAACUCACAGUUGCGCAGUUUCGCAGGGACUGUGAUCACCGAGACGGUCCAACAGGGCGGUCUGCUGCAAUGGCCUGAGAUUCUGCAAGAACUGCUGGCGCUCGUGGGUAACGCCAGUGGAAACGUUGCGGGAGAGACGCAGGAAGGUGCGAUGAGCGCUUUGGCGAAGGUAUGUGAGGAUAACCGAAAACUGCUCGAUAAGGAGUUUCAAGGUCAACGCCCCAUGAGUGUCAUCGUGCCGAAAUUGCUCGAGUUUGCUCUUCAUCCAAACCCUAAGAUCAGGGUCUUUGCGCUCAGCACCCUCAAGUCGUUUAUUCCACAAAAAUCGCAAGUGUUAUUUUCCACGUUGGACGUCUAUCUGCAGACUAUCUUCCAACUUGCCUCCGAUCCGGACGUGCAAGUCAGACGCAUAGUGUGCCAGUCCCUUGUGCAACUGGUGGAUGCGAGGCCCGACAUGUUGGCGCCUCAUCUCGAGGGACUCGUCAAUUAUAUCCUCACCCAACAACAAUCGACAGAUCACCCAGAUCUAGCGUUGGACGCGGCCGAGUUCUGGUUGAAUAUUGGGGAACAAGAUCAAUUGCGAGGUCAAAUGGGGCCAUAUUUGGAAAAGAUCAUUCCUGUGCUUCUCUCGGGCAUGGUAUACGGAGAAGAAGAUGCUUUCAGACUGGGUGGUGAAGAAAACAAUGCCGAUGUGGAGGAUCGUGCCGAAGAUAUCAAACCUCAAUUUGCCCAGACCAAGGCGGGAAGAGGUGUUGUUUCGAUCGAAAAGGACGAGAGUCAGCCUGGAACGCCACAGGCGAAUGGGACAUCACAACCUAAAAACGAUCUCAGCGACGGGGAAGUCGAGGACGAAGAUGAAGACGAAGAUGAAUGGGAUGACGAAGAUCCUGAGAACGCGUGGAGUUUGCGCAAAUGCUCUGCCGCAGCACUGGAUGUUUUCGCGGUCAACUAUCACUCGGCCGUCUUCAACAUCAUUCUGCCAUACCUCAAGGAAAACCUUUCUCACUCUCUCUGGCCGAAACGCGAAGCCGCAGUCCUCGCUCUUGGCGCCAUCGCAGAAGGUUGCAUGGACGUCGUCUCUCCUCAUCUACCCGAGCUCGUUCCAUUCCUUAUCUCUCUGUUGUCGGACGAGGAACCAGUUGUUCGUCAGAUUACGUGCUGGUGUCUGGCCCGUUAUUCCGAGUGGGCCGCCCGACUGGAAUCUCAAGCUGAUAAACAACGAUACUUUGAACCUAUGAUGGAGGGUCUCCUGCAGCGCAUGCUCGAUCCGAACAAGAAAGUCCAGGAAGCCGGGGCUAGCUCCUUUGCGUCCCUCGAGGAGAAAUCUGGAGACAAAUUGAAGCCGUACGUCGAACCUAUCUUACGACAAUUCACCGAGUGCUUCAGACGGUACAAGGAUAAAAACAUGUACAUCCUGUACGACUGCCUGCAGACUCUCGCUGACAAUGUUGGCUCACAAAUUGCCACGCCGGAGCUUGUCGACCUGCUCAUGCCUGUCCUGAUCCAACGAUGGAACAAAAUCCAAGACGACUCCCGCGAAAUGUUCCCCUUGCUCGGGUGUUUAGGGUACAUCGCAAUGGCUUACGGCGAUACCUUUGCACAGUUCGCUCCCCCCAUUUUCGACCGGUGCAUCAAGCUCAUUUACGCAAACCUACAACAGCACAUGGCUUAUAUGAGUGGCCAGACUGUCGAUCAACCGGACAAGGACUUCAUCGUGACGGCUUUGGAUCUUCUUAGUGCGAUCAUCCAGGCCAUUUCUCCAGAGAAGUCAGCACCACUUGUACAGAACUCGCAGCCUCAGUUUUUCGACCUGUUGGGCUUCUGUAUGGAAGAUGCAACCACUGAUGUGCGACAGUCUGCAUACGCGGUUCUGGGUGACUGCGCGAUUGCACUCUACCCCAGCCUGGAUCCCUAUCUAGAGAAAUUGAUUCCGAUUCUGAUAAGACAACUUGAUCUGGACUCCAUCCCGGACACGGAUUCCGAAAACGGUUUCAACGUCCUCGCCAACGUGUGCUGGAGUAUGGGCGAAAUCGCGGCAAGAGCACCGGCCAGCAGAAUCGCGCCUCUCAUCGAGCCGCUCUAUCGUGGUCUGUUGUCCAUGAUUACGAACGAAGAAGUCCCUGAUGCAGCAAGUGAGAACGCCGCAACUGCAUUGGGCAGACUUGGUGUGCCGUGUGCGGACCAUCUCGCACCCUUCUUGUCCGAGUUCGCAGAGCCGUUUUUGCAGUCCAUGUCCAAGAUAAGCACAUCGCAUGAGAAGGCCUCGGCGUUCAUAGGGUUCAACAAUAUUUUGGAGAAAAAUCCUCAGGCCAUGGAAUCGAGUCUGGUCUUGUACUUUUCUGCAAUCGCGCAGUUCCCCCUCAAAGGACGACAGGGACAGGAAUACAGCGAUGUACGAGCCAGUUUCGCUAGGGUCAUCAACGGCCUUGGCGGAUUGAUUGGGCAAGAGAGGUUCGAAGGUUUCAUUGGAGGGCUGGCAGCGCCGGUUCGAGCCAAGUUGAGGGAUGGCUAUGGUGUUGGCUCCGGAUGA